AUGCCUGUCGAACUUCGUAAGCGCAAGGCGCCUGCUGCCCCUCCUCCUCCUCCUGUCAAGAGAAAGGCUACUGCAAAGACUGGAAAAGCCGCUAAGGUGAAGGAGGCUGCUGCUAAGGUCGCGGAGAAGGAGGACAAGCCUGAGAAGGCAGAGGAGCUCAAGGAAGAGGCCAAGGAGGAAGCCAAGGAAGAGAAGAAGGAGGAGGAGGAGCCCAAGACUGAGGAGCCCAAGGCGAAGGAAGCCAAGAAGACUGGCGGCAAGCUCGAGGUUGGCGAUGUUGUGGACCUUGAUGGUUUUGGCGGCGAGGUUGAGACCAACGAUGGUGAGAAGACCACACUGAAGAAGCUUGUCGAUGACAGCAAGUCCGGUGUCGUUCUCUUCACUUACCCCAAGGCCUCCACUCCCGGCUGCACAAAGCAAGUCUGCUUCUUCCGCGACGCAUAUGAGCCCCUCACCAAGGAUGGCCUGGCCAUCUACGGUCUCAGCGCCGACUCUCCCAAGGCCAACACAACCUUCAAGGAGAAGCAGAAGCUCCCUUACCCGCUGCUGUGUGACACCAAGCAGACUCUCAUUGGCGCCAUUGGUCUCAAGAAGGCACCCAAGGGAACAACCCGUGGUGUCUUUGUUAUUAGCAAGGAGGGCAAGGUUCUCAUUGCUGAGGCGGGAAGCCCACAGGGUACUCUUGACCGUGUUCAGGCUCUUGUCGACGAGUUGUCUAGCAAGUCCAAACUUUAA